UAUACAUAUACUUGUGCCAUUCUUGCAAUGUCAUCAACCACAUGAGUUUUGAAAGAGGAUUUGGAGAGAUUACCAAAACUCUUUGAGAGAGAUCAGAAGUGCUUAUUGGCUUGCUGGGAAGAGAGUAGAAGAUAAAGAAGCUUCAGAGAGAGGGAAAAUGGGAGAGGGGUCUGUGGAACUUGAGGCUAUUAUAAAUGAAGCUGUUGAUCUGGAGAACAUUCCUCUUGAGGAGGUUUUUGAAAAUCUUAAAUGCACAAAAGAAGGUUUAAGCUCUGAGCAAGUACAACAGAGGCUAGACUUGUUUGGAUACAACAAGCUUGAAGAAAAGAAGGAAAGCAAGAUACUAAAGUUUUUGGGCUUUAUGUGGAAUCCUCUGUCAUGGGUUAUGGAAGCUGCUGCUAUCAUGGCCAUAGCCAUGGCACAUGGAGGGGGUGAAGGAGGAGAUUAUCAAGAUUUUGCUGGCAUAGUUAUUUUGCUACUUAUAAACUCCACCAUCAGUUUCAUAGAAGAAAACAAUGCUGGCAAUGCAGCUGCUGCCCUUAUGGCUAGAUUAGCCCCCAAAGCAAAGAUACUUCGCGAUGGAAAAUGGAGUGAAGAAGAAGCUUCAGUGUUGGUUCCUGGAGACAUAAUUAGCAUCAAGCUUGGUGACAUCAUUCCUGCUGAUGCACGUCUCCUUGAAGGCGAUCCUUUGAAGAUUGAUCAGUCUGCUCUUACUGGAGAGUCACUUCCUGUCACCAAAAAUCCUGAAGAUGGAGUAUAUUCUGGUUCAACUUGCAAGCAAGGAGAAAUUGAGGCAGUAGUUAUUGCAACCGGAGUUCACACCUUUUUCGGGAAGGCAGCUCAUCUUGUGGAAAACACAACACAUAUUGGACAUUUCCAGAAGGUUCUCACAUCUACUAGGAACUUCUGCAUCUGUUCAAUUGCUGUUGGGAUGAUUAUUGAAAUCAUUGUGAUAUAUGCAAUCCACGGAAAGCACUACCGAAAUGGUAUUGAUAACCUCCUUGUGCUAUUGAUUGGUGGCAUCCCUAUUGCAAUGCCAACUGUUCUUUCUGUUACAAUGGCUAUUGGUUCACACAAGUUGGCUCAGCAGGGUGCCAUAACAAAGAGAAUGACUGCCAUUGAAGAGAUGGCUGGAAUGGAUGUGUUAUGUAGUGACAAAACAGGAACAUUAACUCUUAACAAGCUUUCUGUGGACAAGAAUAUCAUUGAGGUUUUUGUUAAAGAUGUGGACAGUGAUAUGGUUGUCCUUAUGGCUGCAAGAGCAUCAAGGCUAGAGAACCAAGAUGCAAUUGAUUGUGCUAUAGUUUCAAUGUUGGCAGACCCAAAGGAGGCACGAGCCGGAAUACAAGAAGUUCACUUCCUUCCAUUCAAUCCAACGGAUAAAAGAACUGCACUUACAUACAUUGAUGCUUCUGGUAAAAUGCACAGGGUUAGCAAAGGUGCACCAGAGCAGAUUCUCAAUCUUGCAUAUAACAAAUCAGAAAUCCAACAGAGGGUUCAUGCAAUUAUUGAGAAGUUUGCAGAACGUGGACUUCGUUCUCUUGCAGUUGCCCGCCAGGAAGUACCUGAGGGAACUAAAGACAGUCCUGGAGGACCAUGGGAGUUUGUUGGCCUUCUCCCUCUUUUUGAUCCUCCUCGCCAUGAUAGUGCAGAAACAAUUAGAAGAGCUCUAGAUCUUGGCGUGAGUGUCAAAAUGAUCACUGGUGAUCAACUUGCAAUAGGUAAGGAAACAGGAAGACGUCUAGGGAUGGGCACCAACAUGUAUCCUUCUUCAUCACUGCUGGGUGAAAAUAAAGAUGGAUUGGGCGCUGUUGCCGUUGAUGAUCUCAUUGAGAAUGUUGAUGGUUUUGCUGGAGUCUUUCCUGAGCACAAGUAUGAGAUUGUGAAGAGGUUACAAGCUAGAAAGCACAUUUGUGGGAUGACUGGUGAUGGGGUGAAUGAUGCACCUGCCCUAAAGAUAGCAGACAUUGGUAUUGCUGUAGCAGAUGCUACAGAUGCUGCCAGAAGUGCUUCUGACAUAGUCCUAACAGAACCUGGGUUGAGUGUGAUCAUAAGUGCAGUUUUAACUAGCCGUGCAAUUUUCCAGAGAAUGAAAAAUUACACUAUAUAUGCUAUAUCUAUCACUAUUCGUAUUGUGCUUGGUUUCAUGUUACUGAACAGCUUUUGGAAAUUUGACUUUCCUCCCUUUAUGGUUCUUGUCAUUGCCAUUCUCAAUGAUGGUACCAUCAUGACAAUAUCUAAAGAUAGGGUUAAGCCUUCUCCAGUUCCUGAUAGUUGGAAGCUUAGUGAAAUUUUUACAACUGGGAUUGUUCUUGGUAGCUAUCUGACUCUAAUGACUGUGAUCUUCUUCUAUAUAGCUGUCGAAACAAAUUUCUUUCCUAACCAUUUUGGUGUGAAACACUUUCACUAUGAUCCAGAAGCUCCUAACGGUGAUCCAACGAAUACAAUGUUGGGAUCUGCUGUCUAUCUUCAAGUUAGUACAAUUAGUCAAGCCUUAAUUUUCGUGACACGAUCAAGGGGUUGGUCCUACACAGAAAGACCUGGUCUUUUGCUUGUCACUGCCUUCAUCAUUGCUCAAGCGAUUGCAACUGUUAUAUCUGCCACUCUCACUUGGAAAGUUGCUGGGAUCACACGUAUUGGUUGGGGCUGGACAGGAGUGAUUUGGCUAUACAAUAUUGUAACUUACCUAUUUCUAGAUCCUUUAAAGUUUGCAGUUCGCUAUGCAUUAAGUGGAAGGGCUUGGAAUCUGGUGGUAGACCAAAGAACUGCAUUCAUCAACAAAAAUGACUUCGGUAGAGAAGCUCGUGAGGCUGCAUGGGCUACUGAGCAGAGAACCUUACAUGGCCUCCACUCUGUUGAGUCAAAAGGGAUGACAGAGAAGCACCACACCUUCAGAGAAAUUAAUACAUUGGCAGAAGAGGCUAGGAGGCGAGCAGAGAUAGCAAGGCUGAGAGAGCUUCACACUCUGAAAGGCAGAGUGGAAUCAUUUGCCAAGCUAAGGGGUUUGGACAUUGAUGCCAUGAAUGGACACUACACUGUCUAAAGACUUUAUGACUACUGCCUAUCAUCAUUGUUG